CUCGUAUUCGCAAACGACGACGACGACAACGCACGAACAGCCACACCUCAUCCCUGUAACGGCAUCCUUCGGCAUGCGGAUCGUGUGGCUCCUCGCAUUCGUUGCGGCCGUCGGCGGUGUGCCACCGCCACAACAAAGCCGGCAAGGACACCCUGGGCGCAUGUAGCGUCGGGGCAGGCCGACAACAUCCAGGGGGACCAACGGCAACAGCCAGACUGAGUUUUCCACGGUGGAUCACGGAGAGCUCAUGGCUAUGAUGCGUUGGCAAGGGAUGAUGCGUUGGCAAGGGCUGUUCGGGCGCAGGCACUCCUCACCGAGCCAGAACAGACCGCCAAAAGCGGGGAGCACCAACGGCACCAUCCCGACAGCGGCAAAGAAGAGAGAUCCCAUGGCGUCGUCGGGGACCCAAGGAGGCGGAGAUAUACCUCCCUUCCCUUUUCCACCCACCCCUCGCAUGCCGUCCACCCACCCAGCGAUCGAGAGACUCAACACCGCCUUGGCCAUCCAGGCUGUGGAGAAACUGCUGAAGUUGGAGAUGGUGCAAAAGGUCGGGCAGUGGUUCAUCAACCAAGCGGCACAGCAGCUGGGAGCCGGCCUGGCGCUUUUUGCGAGGGAGGAAGGCAUUGGAGAGGGCGCCAGGCAGGCUGAGGCGCAACGACUCGAGCAGGAGUUCCAUCGGCGGUUCAAUGCCCUCGUGAGCAGGGCAACAGGAGGAGAUGCGCGUCUAGCUGAGAACCUGCAGCGGAUGGAGGUGCGUGACCAAGGGAGGCCCCUCACACCACAGCAAGAGAUCUUCCUUACGGAGUGGAUGGCAGCUGGGCGGCAGGAGCAGCAAAGGAAGGAGGUGCAGCACCUCUUCGCCCUUCGUCAGAAAGCGGAUGAAUUGUGGCAGCAGCUGGGUAUGGUGGGAGGGGGGACCGGAGAGACAGGAGGAUCAACGAGAGCGACGGCCCCCUUCCCGGGCGACGACUGGGAGCCCCACUUCAAAACCCUGGAAUGGAUGGAGGGCACCACGGGCCAGGAGGUGAUGGUGUACAUGAUGUCCAACAACAACAACAACCAGCCGGGAGGGAGGGGAACAGCGGGGGGAGUGGUCAUGGGCUCGGCCCCGGCGACAAUCUCAAGCACCACCCCGGCAACGGCGGGCCCCUCACCAGCCACGGGCACCUCAUCAAGCUCCGCAGCAGCUGCAACCGCAGCCGCAAGCAUCUCGACAACGGGGCCAGCCGUCAUCCCGAGCAUGGCGCCUCCAGCACCCUGA